AUGCAACCUCAAGAUCCACUUGAAGAAAUUGACUUGGGCGAUGGAACUACCAAAAGGCCUACUUACAUCAGUGCUAACAUUGAUCUGAAUGUAAGGUUUGAGCAAAGAAUUGGUGGAAUUGAAACUGUCAAUAAAGUCGAGGGAAAAUCCAUUCAAGCAGAUGCCUAUGCGGUUUGUGCCAGAGGUCAUGUUCAAGAUAAAGGAGGAGAUCGAAAGACUCCUGAAAAGAAAGUUCAUAAGAGCAGAAAGGCCAUGAAAGGGCAGGUGGUCGCCGACUUUAUCGUGGAUCAUUCGAUAGUUGAGACACCUUUAAACUACUUAGAGCCAGAAUUGUUGAAGUUAUACUUCAAUGGUUCCAAUCAUAAGAAUGGCACUGGCAUUGGAAUCUUGAUCAUUUCUCCAAACAAGAUUCCAACCAAGUUCAAAUAUAGAAUUGAAGGAACUUGCUCAAAUAACGAGGCCGAGUAUGAAGCUUUGAUAGCUGGUCUUGAGAUCUUGUUAGAUUUGGGGGAAAAACGAGUCAAAGUAAGAGGAAACUCCGAAGUGGUGGUGAAGCAAGUAAAAAAGGAGUAUGGAUGUAUUAAGGAGAACCUAAUCAUGUACUUCAUUAUAGUUAAUAGACUAAUCAUGUGUUUCGACUUUGUGGAUGUUCAACAUGUCCCUCAACUUGAGAAUUAA